CCGCUUCAUUUGAAAGCACAGGGCGGCGCUAGUGCGCAUUAUCCCCGUGUUAGACUGCGCUUCAAGCAGAGAAGAAGAAAACUCCACUUCCGGGAAAACAUACACAUGGAAAAUUAACUUCACCAGAUACACUUUGUGAGGAGGAUCAGCCAUGACGAGGUGGGCAAGAGCCAACAACAUCCACAAGAACAAGCCUGCAGAGGCGACUCCGUGGGGUCAGCUGAAGGCAAAAGAAGGUUCCAAAGAAGAACCUCAGAGGAGCCACGUCAGAGGAACUCAGCCUGGCGGCUCCGCAGUGAAGAAGCCAAACAAAAAGAAGAAGGACUACACCAACGAGGACGUAAACGGUUUCCUGGAUUAUUUGCACCAGAGUGGACAGCGGCUGCCUGAAGGAGACGGACAGGAGCUGAGGGAGGAGGUGGAGGUGGCGUUGAAGAAAGACAGGAGGAGAGAAGACAGGAGGUUGAAGAGGCAGAACGACAAGAAGAAUAAAAUGCUGUGCUUCAACUGCAGGAAGCCAGGUCACGGCCUGGCGGACUGUCCCGAGGCCGAGCGGGACCAGGAAAUGGGUCGAGGCAUCUGUUACCGCUGCGGCUCCACCGAGCACGAGAUCCAGAGGUGCAGAGCUAAAGUGGACCCGGCUGUCGGUGACUACCCGUACGCCAAGUGCUUCAUCUGCGGUCAGACGGGACAUCUGUCACGGUCCUGCCCCGACAACCCCAGAGGAGUCUACCCUCAAGGAGGAAGUUGUCGAGAGUGUGGGUCAGUGGAACAUUUCCAGAAGGACUGUCCAGAACAUCAGGCCUCAAGUCACUCCCUGACGUUGGGUUGGUUGUCCAACAACAUGAGUGCAGACCAUGAGGAGGUUCAUGUCCCGGUGAAGAAAAGCAAACCCAAGCAGACCAAAGUGGUGGUCUUCUGAUGACUCAGAUCUACAGCUCACCUGACACAUUCUUGACUCUUCCAUGAACUUCAGUCCUUUUUAGUACCUUUUCCAAUAAAACAUGGCUUCUGCAAUUUACAGAUUACAAUAAUCUAUUGUAAUAUGUCUCUAUAAAGAUUUCUGACCUUGA